GAUGACAGCCGCUUUUAGCACCGUCAAUAGUCUUACAGAAAAUCGGAAGUGCUCUCUCAGGUAAUAAGAUUUCACUAGAGAUGCUAGAGGCCGCUACUGCCCACGAAUUGGAUUGACGAAUGCUCUUAUUCUCUUCCCUGUUUGCACUAUUAGCUGAUCGAAGCAAAAAAUUUGUUGUCUUUCCUACCUUUUCACUGUAAAUCAAGGUUCUAUUCUUCAAGGAGAGGAUUGAGCCUUUGCUGAUUUCAUAUUAUGGAAUCUUCUUCUGCAUCUCGUAAUCGAAAGUAUGAUGUGUUUCUUAGCUUCAGAGGCGAGGACACUCGUGAUAAUUUUACUAGCCAUCUCUAUGAUGCUUUAUGUCGUAAAAAGAUCAAGACCUUCAUAGACAAUGACCUUGAAAGAGGGGAAGAAAUAACACCAACCCUUUUGAGAACAAUUGAAGAAUCAAUGAUUUCUGUAAUCAUUUUCUCCAAAAACUAUGCGUCUUCUCCAUGGUGCUUGGAUGAAAUGGUGAAGAUACUUGAAUGCAAGGAAAUUUAUGGACAGGCAGUUUUACCAAUUUUUUAUCGUGUAGAUCCAUCUGAUGUAGAAGGACAAAGUGGGAGUUUUGCAGAUGCAUUUGUUGAGCUUGAGAAGAACUAUAAGGAGGAAAUGGAAAUGAUGCCCAGGUGGAGGGCUGACUUGAUGAAAGCUGCCCGUAUAUCUGGAUGGGAUUCCCGAGUGAUAAGGUCUGAGGCAAAACUUGUGAAAGAAAUUGUGGAACAUGUUUUGAAGAAAUUGAAUCAUGUCUCCUCAGAAGAUGCAAAGAGUCUGAUUGGAAUAGACUCACACAUUCGACAGAUUAAGAAUUUAUUACACAUUGGGUUGCCGAAUGUUCGUAUUUUAGGAAUUUGGGGUAUGGGUGGCAUAGGUAAAACAACUAUUGCCAAAACUAUUUUCAACACUUUCUCAUAUCAAUUUGAAGGUUGCUGCUUUGUUGAAAAUAUUAAGGAAGUAUCCAAACAAUUUGGUGGGGCAGUUCAUUUAAGAGAAAAGCUUUUUUCUGAAUUAUUAGAGGAAGAAAAUAUGGCAACUUUGAACUUGAGAUCCAUUUCCAUUAAAGACAGGCUCCGACGCAAAAAGGUUUUGCUUGUUCUUGAUGAUUUGAAUGAUGUAGAGCAACUGGAAUUUCUAAUCGGAAGGUGUGAUUUUGGUGUGGGAAGUAGAGUUAUUGUGACAUCUAGAGAUAGGCAAGUUCUUAAGAAUGCAGUUGAUGAGAUAUAUGAAGUUGAGGGACUAAAUGAAGAUGAAGCUCUUCAAUUGUUUUGUUUAAAUGCUUUUAACUAUACCACAAAAGAUAAUAUGGAGCUAUCAAAAAGAGCGGUGAAAUAUGCUCAGGGCAAUCCUUUGGCACUUAAAGUUUUGGGUUCUUUUCUUUUUGACAGAAGGAGAGAAGAUUGGGAAAGCACACUGGAUAAAUUAGGAAGAAUCCUUCAGCCUAAAAUUUUCCAUGUUUUGAGAGUUAGUUUUGAUGGACUGGAUGAUGAAGAGAAAAAUAUAUUUCUCGAUAUUGCUUGUUUUUUUAGAGGGCAACAAAUUGAUUUUGUGAAGAGAAUACUAGAUGGCUGUGGUUUCUCAGCAGGCAUUGGAAUCAGUGUUCUUGUUGAUAAAUGCCUUGUUACUACUGUAGAAAACAAACUGGAGAUGCAUGAUUUGUUGCAAGAAAUGGCUCAUGAAAUUGUUCGCCAAGAAUCUGUUAAAGAGCUGGGCAAGCGCAGUAGAUUGUGGAGUUGUAGUGAUGUCUGUCAAUUGUUGACCAAAAAUCUGGUGAAAGCCGGAACUGAAAAAGUUGAGGGGAUAUUCUUGGACACAUCAAAAAUGGGAGAAGUGGAGAUGAGUUCCAGAGCCUUUGCGAGGAUGUAUAACCUUAGACUGCUCAAAAUUUUCGAUUCUAGAGUUGGGAAUAACUGCAAAGUGCACCUUCCUCAUGGCCUUGAGUCUCUUUCUGAAGAGUUGAGAUAUCUCCAUUGGGAUGCAUACCCUUUGAGCUCUAUGCCAUCCAAUUUUAAUGGAGAGAACCUUGUGGAACUUAAUCUAGCUUACAGCAAUGUUAAGCAACUAUGGACAGGAGUGCAAAAUCUUGUGAGUUUGAAAGAGAUCAACCUUAGCAAUUCUAAGCACUUGACUGCAUUCCCAGACCUUUCACAGGCCAAGAAUCUUGAGAGAUUGAAUUUUGAAUAUUGUACUAGCUUGGUAGAAGUUCCCUCAUCCAUUCGAUUUCUCGACAAGCUUGUUGAUAUGAAUAUGAGAUGCUGCACAAGUCUUACGAGCCUCCCGAGUGGCAUUAAAUUGAGAUCACUCAAGACACUUAACUUUUCUGGUUGCUUAAAUCUUAGGAAGUGUCCGGAGGUUGCAGGGAACAUAAAGUAUUUAAAUUUAAAUGAGACAGCAAUAGAAGAACUUCCCAAAUCAAUUGGGCAUCUAAGUGGACUCAUUGCCUUGAAUUUGAGGGAUUGUAAGCGACUCAGUAAUCCUCCUGACAGCAUUCGUUUGUUGAAAUCACUUAUGACUGUCGUUCUCUCUGGCUGCUCAAAUAUCACUCUUUUUCCAGAUAUUUCCGGGGACAUAAGAUACUUGUACUUGAGAGAAACUGCAAUAGAAGAAGCCCCCUCUUCAAUUGGCUGUCUCUCUAGACUCUCUUGUUUAGAUCUAAAGAACUGCACAAGGCUUAAGAAUCUUCCUUCUACCAUUUUUAAGUUGGCAUCUCUUGAAAAGCUUAUUCUCUCUGGCUGCUCAAACAUAACCAAGUUUCCACAGGUUUCAUGGAAAAUAAAGAAGCUGUUUUUAGAUGAGACUGCCAUAGAAGAAAUUCCCUCAUCAAUUGAGUAUUGCUCUGAACUUGUUGAAUUGAACCUGCAAAACUGCAAAAGAUUUCAUAUUCUUCCAAGUGGCAUUUGUAAGUUGAAAUCUCUGCAAAAGCUUAAUCUCUCAGGCUGUUCGAUGUUUGAACAUUUUCCAGAUAUUUUGGAGGUUAUGGGAUCCUUGAGAUAUCUUUAUUUAGAUGGAACAGCCAUAAGAAAGUUGCCCUCACCAAUUGAAAAUUUGAACAGUCUUUCUAGCUUGGAAUUGAGAAAUUGCAGUGAUCUUUGCAUAUCACCAGAUAUGAUCUUAGGUGUAGACAAUUCAAGAGCACAUUUGCUAUACUUACGUAAGCUAUAUCUUAAUAGAUGCAGUAUGCGGGACUUUCCUGAUUGCAUAAGCUGCUUGCUUUCACUAGAGGCGCUAGAUCUUAGUGGAAACCAUUUUUGCAAGAUACCUGAAAGCAUCAGUAAACUUACUGAACUGCAAUACCUCGGUUUAAAGUUUUGCAGGCGUCUAACAUUAAUAGAAGGACUUCCACCACGGCUGACAAAAUUAGAUGCUGACGAUUGCUUAUCACUGAUAGAAAUAUCAAUUGAUUCAACUGGAGUCGAAGGAAACAUUUUUGAAUUCCUUUUCACCAAUUGCAAGAACUUGAAUGUGAUUUCAAGGCACAAUUUCAUGGGAUACGCCCUAAGAAAAUUCCAGCUUUAUGCAAAAAGACUGCAUAGUCAGAUGCCUUCUGUACUAGCAGCGGAAUCUACUAUUUGCUUCUAUGGAAGUUACAUUCCAAAGUGGUUCAGCCAUCAAGCCAGGGGAUUUUCAACAACAAUCCAGCUGCCUUCUCACUGGGCUAACAGCAAGUUCUGGGGUUUUGCUCUUUGCGCUGUUAUUAUCAAUAACAAGCCCGACAUUGAUGACUCUGGUUUCCAAGUUAAAUGCAGAUACCAUUUCAAAAAUGAAUAUGGCGACUGUGAUGACCUCUACGGCUAUUUUGGUGGUCCAUAUGGUAUAAGAACUCACUCAAUCUGGAAUUAUCAUACAGUCUUUGGGCAUGAUCCCUGUGUGAAUAUUAUGAAAGAUGAUCGGUUCAGUAAAUACAAUGAGGUGGUUGUUGAAUUCUAUACUGAAGAUAUGAAUGGCCAUCCUGUACCAAUCAAUGUGGUAAAUUGUGGGGUACGCAUACUUUAUGCACAGGAGGAGAGAUUCUGUCGAUGUCCAUCCACUCAACAUAUUAUGGAGGCAUUGUCUAAAAUUGGGGGUGUAAAGUUCCCCGAGGAGGUUACAUCCUUUGUAUAUAACAUCUUGGCCACAAGUACUGAAAUGCCUCAGCAUCUGCUUGGUAUACUUCGUUGCUUUGGUUGUUUCGAUGUGAUUGAUCGGGAAGAUCCUGCCGUUCCUAUCUGGGAAAUAAUUAAGAGAGAAAUUUUUGGCUACAUUAGGUUGCACCCGGUUUAGAGUGGUACGCUUCAUCAGGGAGGCCCCUUUGUGAGUAAACUCUUUACACCUUUAGAUGGUAAAAGAUGAACUUUAUUAUGAAUUUUGAUGUGAAAUGCUUCUGAAUACGCGACU